AUGGUUCGCAUCUUCGUAGCCACCAGAAGCAAAUACUCGGUUUCUAACAUUCAGCGUAGGUUCUACAUCGACCUCGCGACGGGCAAAUCGCAAUGGGAAAAGCCCCAGGCCCACGCCGGUAACCCCGCGCCCCCGGACGCACCUCCGUCCUAUGACGCCAGUUCGGCCGAUCCAGCAGCGGUAGCCAGCGCGGGUGACAAGAAACAGUCCGCGAUGUUGUCCAACAAUCCAUACAACAAGCCGGGAGGACGGAGCAGUCAAAGUCCCAGCAUGAUCGACGAGGACGCCCGCCUCGCUGCCAAACUGCAGGCCGAGGAAGACGCCCGGGCCAGCGGUGCGCGGGGGUCCAACACUCCAGGCGCCUCUUCCGACUACUACAACGAGCCGCCACAGCCACUAGGAUCUUCCGCCGGUCCAUCUAGCUCCCAGAGUCCAGGUCCCAUGCCAGAGCAGAAGCGUAGCAGGGGCUUUCUGGGUAAGCUGAUGGGCAAGAGCUCCAGCAGCAGCUCACGGCCGCCCCCGCCACAGCCCCAAUAUGGAUCGUAUGGGCCACCACCACAGCAGGGGCCUCCACCAGGAGGGUAUUACGGGGGGUAUCCUCCGCAGCCACAACCGGGCUAUGGCUACCCUCCCGGGCCUGGCUACGGCUAUCCACCCCAAGGUGGUUACUAUCCACAGCAGCAGCCGCCACGGAAAUCCGGUAUGGGAACUGCUGGUGCGGCGGCCCUGGGCGUUGGCGGUGGGUUGUUGGGUGGGAUGCUACUGGCCGACGCUGUGGAGGAUAUGGGAGACCAUAAUGACUAUGGCAAUGGAGGAUAUGACAAUGGUGGAUAUGGCGAUAAUGGAGGUGAUUACGGUGGUGGCGGUGAUGACUUUGGUGGUGGGGACAUGUAG